GAUGCAGGUGGAGAGCUCCCACAGCUCCCUGCGAUGCCGUUGACUGAGAUUGGGCACUGCGAAGGUAAGGGCACCAAACAACACCUAGCUGAAGGUUUCACCGUGUUCUGCGGGCCACCGACCACUCUUGAACGUCCCCUUCUGAAGGCAGCAGUACA